AUUCUAGUAUUUGAAGAAUACAUAAACCUAUAUUCUAAAAAAAAAUAAAAUAGUUCAGUGGUGUUGUAUUGUAUAUAAAUAUGCAGUGUGUAUGAAGUUGCAGGACAAGGCCAACCAACGUCAGCCACAUCAAGCUCUUGUUUGCAGAGAUUCAAGGGGAACUAACUCGAAUCAUCUGCUGGGGAUUUGCUGCACCUCUAAUUAUUCUCCCUCUCUCUCUCUCUCUCUCUCUCUCUCUCUCUCUCUCUCUCACAAUGGCUCUGCUUGUGUUUCCCUCAAUGAUGAUCAGCAUCUCUCUGUUCCUUCUGCUCCUCACAUUCUGUCAAGGAAAGACUAAUUAUUGGGAUGAUGAGUAUCCAUUUAUCAGAUAUGCAAGUUCUUUUUCGCCAUCACCAGCAUCAUCAUCAGCUUCUUCAGGAUCACCAGAUGUUCGAGAAAAGGGGUAUGACUAUAUAAUAGUCGGUGGUGGCACGGUGGGAUGUCCAUUGGCUGCUACAUUGUCGCAGAAGUUCAGAGUUUUGUUAUUAGAAAGAGGUGGAGUUCCAUUUGCAAAUCCAAAUGUCACAUUUUUGAAGAACUUUCAUAUAAGUCUAGCAGAUGUUUCUCCGACUUCAGCCUCUCAAUUCUUCUAUUCUUCGGAUGGAGUUUAUAACGCCAGGGCCAGAGUUUUGGGUGGAGGUACUUGUAUCAACGCUGGAUUUUAUACCAGACCAAGCGCAAGGGACAUCAAAUUGUUGAAUCUGGAUGCAAAAUUGGUGAAUGAGUCGUACCCGUGGAUUGAGAAUCAGAUUGUUCGUAUGCCUAAGCUGUCUUCGUUUCAGGAAGCAGUUAAGGAUGGUCUUUUGGAUAUUGGGAUUUCACCUGAUAACGGAUUCACCUAUGAUCACCUUUACGGGACCAAGGUUGGUGGAACGAUCUUUGACAGUUAUGGUCGUCGUCGCACAGCUGUAGAACUACUUCGAUCAGCCAACCGAAAAAAUCUUGACGUUCUGAUUCAUGCAACAGUGCAAAAGAUUGUGUUUGACAAAACAGGGAAGAAGCCCAGGGCUGUUGGAGUUGCAUUUAAAGAUGAAACUGGGAAGCAGCAUCAAGCAAUUCUUUCAAGGAGGCGGGGAAGUGAAAUUAUAGUGUCAUCUGGAGCAAUCGGAAGCCCUCAACUUCUACUCCUUAGUGGCAUAGGACCAAAAAGCGACCUUGAAAAAUUAAACAUCCCAGUGGUGCACAAUAACUACUUUGUCGGCAAAGGAAUGGCAGACAACCCUAUGAAUGCUGUAUACGUUCCUUUCAACAGGCCUGUGGAGCCGAGCUUGAUUCAAACUGUUGGAAUCACCAAGAUGGGUGUUUACCUUGAGGCUAGUAGCGGAUUUGGGCAGUCGACUGAGAACAUUUCUUGCAAUCAUGGAAUUUUAUCUGCCGAGAUUGGGCAGCUCUCUACCAUUCCUCCAAAGCAAAGGACAAGAGAAGCUAUAGAAGCUUACAAAAGAAACAAACGAAAUUUUCCACAAGAAGUGUUUAAUGCAGGUUUUAUUUUGGAAAAGAUAGCUAGUCCAAAGUCGACAGGGCAGCUGAGCCUGAGUAACACUAACGUCGAUGAUAACCCCAAUGUGUCCUUCAACUACUUUAGCCAUCCAGAAGAUGUACAGAAAUGUGUCGAAGGUAUUCGUCUCGUGGAGAAGCUUCUUAGCUCAAAACACCUUACCAAUUUAAUGCCACCUGAGGACGAAACCUUUAGGAAGCUGCUCAAUAUGAGUGUCCGUGCCAAUUUUAAUUUAAUCCCCAAACAUACCAAUGAUACCAAGUCAGUGGAGCAAUUCUGCAAGGACACUGUUAUCACAAUCUGGCACUACCACGGCGGAUGCCACGUGGGCAAGGUGGUAAGCCCAGACUACGAGGUUCUUGGUGUCCAUAGGCUUCGCGUUAUUGAUGGUUCAACAUUUUCGCUCUCUCCAGGCACUAAUCCUCAAGGCACUCUACUGAUGAUGGGAAGGUACAUGGGAGUGAAAAUACUGAGACAGCGGCUAGGAAGAGCUUCUGGUUUCUGAAGGACUCGCGCUGCAAUUAUUCAUUAAGCCAUUUUUCAGCAAGAAGUUAACUGUAGAGAUAGGCUGCAAACAAAGGAAUGGAAUUUCAGCAACUCCACUUUGGUGUAUUCAAAUGAUUCAGAUUAUGUAUUACUCUAAUUGGUGCUUGUAACUUAUGAAUGUCACCUGCUUGCCAUCA